CCUCUGCAGGACCCGCUACCCCCACGGCCCGUCACUGCGCAGGGCACCCCUCCUUACCUAGGAGCUGCUCAGGUGUCACGGGCCGACUCACGUCCCGGGGCACACCACUUUGGGCCUGACUCUGGUAGGCGAGCCUCCAGCUCAGCCUCCAGCUCAGCUCAGCACCAGCCAGGGGCCAGCCGGCCGCAGCCUCAGUGACGGUCACUUGUGUACUUGGGGGAAUGGCCGCCCCAGGUGCCUGCCAGCUUGGCAUCUCAGUGGGGGACUGUCCAUCUGCUCUGGCCUGGCCUGCCAGUCACGAAGAUGCUACUUCUGGGAGCUUGUCCAGUCCAACCAGCUGCUCUCUGGCAGAGAGCCUAAAGCCAGGGGCUACUAGCCCCGGAGGGCAGGCUCCCGGGGGUCCCCAGGGCUGGCCUCCAGGGUCCUGUCCUUGUGCCCCCAGCCUGCUGGCCACGUGAGUUGGCGCGGCCCCUUUAAGCGCAGCUUCACCGGCCGCCAGAGGCGGCAGCACUGAGCCGCCGGCCCGCAGCGCGCUGCUCCUGGAAGCUUCUGCCGGGGGUGCCGGCCGCGGUGCAGCGGGGCCGGGCGGGCAGGGGCGGCCGCGGGGACGGCAGGGCGGCCGCGGGGCCCGCACGGCCCACCACGCUCGGCGGGGAGCCAGCUCCCAGGUGCUUCCGGCCGUCAUGGAGCAAGUGGCCAAAGCGUCGACCCAGGCCCGCAGCCAGGGCUGCCCGGCCCGCUGCGCCCCAGGGCGAGAGCCCCGCCAGGUCCAGUGACUGCAGCCGCCAGCCUGGGGACCUCUUUUAAGAUGACCCGCACGGACCCGCCGGACCUGCUGGUGUCGACCGUGUACCAGGAUAUCAAAGUGGCGGCCCCGGGGCCCGCGUCCCGGCGCCCGCCAUGUGAGCGCGCCGAGGCCCGGCCAGCUGCGCCCGCGCCUUUCAACAAGCGCCACUGCCGCAGCUUCGACUACCUGGAGGCGCUGGACGGGGAGGCCAUGGAGGCCCGCCCGGAGCCGCCCGAGCCCGUCGCGCCGCGCGCCCGGGCCCGCGAGGGCGAGUCCCGGCGCCGCGCCCGCUCCAAGAGCGCGCCCCGCGCGCCCCCGGGCCUGGCGCCCGCGCCCUCCUCCCCGCCCGUGCCGCCGCGCCGCGGGCGGGAGGCGCAGAGGGCGGCGCGCCUGGAGACGUCGCCGCGCCGGGAGCCCGCGUACCCCGCGCUGCGCGCGCUCGCCAACGAGCUGCACCCCAUCAAGCUGCAGCCGCAACGCGGCGGCCCCGGCCGCAUCGCGCCGCUGUGCGCCGCCUCGGGCCGCUGCGCGCCGCUGGAGCCGCCCCCGGGGCCCGCCCCGCACGUCCGCUGCCGCCUGGACAUCAAGCCCGACGACGCGGUGCUGCAGCACGCGGCCAGGGCCUCUCGCUCCUACGGGCCCGCCGACACCUUGCCCUGGGCCCGGCCCGGCCCACAGCACUACGGCUUCACGGUGCCCGGGCCGCGCCACUUGGCGCUGUCGCGCACGCCCACGCCCAGCGACUCGUACUGCGUCGACCCCCGGGCGCUGUACUGCGACGGGCCGCUGCCCGCGCCCCGGGACUACGGCGAGCGCCGGCACCUGCCUUUCACCACCCCGCCGGUCCCCACCCAGUUCUUCUACACCGAGGAGCCCGAGGGCCCCCCUGGGGGCUUUGCGGGGAGCCCUGGGCCCCCCCCCUUCGAUAGCUACUACCCCAGGCCCUUCCUGCCCGAGGAGCCCGCGGGGCCCAGCCCCCGGCGCCGGGGCGGCUACUACGCGGGGGAAGCGCGCACCUUCCCGGUCCAGGACGCGCCCUCCCGCUCCUACUACGGGGAGGACCCCGGAGCCUACGGAGCGCUGGGCGCGCGCUACGGCCCCGAGGACGCGCGGGUCCAUCCGGCCGCCCGGCCCUAUUACACGGAGGACUUCGGGCGCUACCGCGACCGCGACGGCCUGGCGCGGACAUACCCGCACCCGCGCAGCAGCCAGGCCUGGGCCGACUGGGGCCCGAGACCCUACCGGACCCUGCAAGUGGCUCCUCCCCCGGACCUAGGCCCGCUGCUGGCCUCCUGGCACGGCGGCUCGGGCACCAGUCCGCCCCGGCUGGUCACCGACAGCCGCCACUACUCGCGCUCCUGGGACAACAUCCUGGCGCCCGGGCCGCGCCGGGAAGACCCGCUGGGGCGCGGCCGGAGCUACGAAAACUUGCUCGGGAGGGAACCAAGGGGCGCAUCCCCCGAGGGCCGACGGCCACCGGUCGUGGUCAACCUGUCCACCUCGCCCCGACGGUACGCUGCUCUGUCGCUGUCCGAGACGUCGCUGUCGGACAAGGGGCGCGCCGGGGAGGGCCUGGGCCGCAACUGGUACGUCACCCCUGAGAUCACCAUCACGGACAACGACCUGCGCGGGGCCGAGCGCCCAAGCGCAAGGGGCUGGGAGCUACCCGGGGGGCGCCCUCGGCCGACGCCGCCCGCCGCCCCGGCUGGCCCCGCCUCCGGCCGGCAGCGCAGCCUAGAGCAGCUGGACGAGCUCAUCACCGACCUGGUCAUCGACUCGCGCCCCGCCGCCGGCCAGGCCGCCGAGGCCACGGCCGACGGGCUGGGCCGCCAGCUGCGCCGCCUGCUGGACCCUCGGCCCGGGGCCCCCGCGCUCGCGCCGCGCUCGCCCCCCGCGUCGGCCGGUAGCGCCGAGGCGCCCGCAGCCCCGGGCCCCGCGGCCGAUGCGUCCCCGGAGCCCAGCGCCGACGAGGACGACCUGAUGACCUGCUCCAACGCGCGCUGCCGGCGCACGGAGACCAUGUUCAACGCCUGCCUCUACUUCAAGUCCUGCCACAGCUGCUACACCUACUACUGCUCGCGCCUGUGCCGCCGCGAGGACUGGGACGCGCACAAGGCGCGCUGCGUGUACGGCCGCAUGGGCAGCGUGUGCCGCCACGUGCUGCAGUUCUGCCGCGACAGCGGCCCGGUGCACCGCGCCUUCUCGCGCAUCGCGCGCGUGGGCUUCCUCUCGCGCGGCCGCGGGGUGCUCUUCCUGGGCUUCCCGAGCCCGGGCUCCGCGGACAAUUUCCUGCGCUUCGGCCUCGAGGGGCUGCUGCUGUCGCCCACCUACCUGUCGCUGCGGGAGCUGGCCACGCACGCCGCGCCCCUGGGCAGCUACGCGCGCGAGCUGGCGGCCGCGGGGCGCCUGUACGAGCCGGCCGAGUGCUUCCUGCUCAGCGUGUCCGUGGCCGUGGGUCCCAGCGCCGCGCCCCCGGGCGCCCCGGCCCGGCCCGCGCCCGCGCCGCGCAGCCCCGGGCCCACGGUGCGCAAGUUCGCCAAGGUGGCGCUGGCGGCCGGCAGCCCGGCGCGGCCGCCCCCGGCGCGGGCGCGCGAGCCCGACAUGGAGACGCUCAUCCUGACGCCGCCGCCCGGCACGGCCGGCCUGGACCAGGAGGGCGAGGCGGGCCGGCGCGCGCGCGAGGUGGCCUUCAUCCACAUCCAGCGCGAGCUGCGGCUGCGCGGCGUCUUCCUGCGCCACGAGUUCCCGCGCGUCUACGAGCAGCUCUGCGCGUUCGUGGAGGACAACCGGCGCUUCACGCCCACCACCAUCUACCCCACGGACCGCCGCACCGGACGCCCCUUCAUGUGCAUGAUCAUGGCCGCGUCCGAGCCGCGCGCGCUCGACUGGGUGGCCAGCGCCAACCUGCUGGACGACCUCAUGUGAGGGGCGGGGCCGCCCGCCCCCAGGCCCAAGAGCCCCGCCCAGGCCUCGGGCCCUGGGAGCCCUGGAGCCCCGGAGCCCGCUCCUGGCCGCCCGGGGCUCACGCUUGGCCCCUUGCCUGCCCCAUCUAGAGCUCAGUCCGACCUAGCCCAGCCCCUCCCAGCUCAGCUCAGCCCAGACCCCGCUCCUGCGCCCCCGAGAGCGCCCAGGCUUCCCGCCUCCCUUCACUGCUUGCCCCUGGGUGUUCCUCACUGCCUGCACCUCCGCUCACCCGCCUCCCGCACUUGUCCUCGGCCGUUUGGUGCUCCCGGCUGGGAGGCGGGGUGGGUCUGAAGACCGCCUGGCCCUGCCUUCAGGUGCGUGGGUCAGUCCUGCAGGCCCCGCCGUGCAGACCGGGUCUGUCGGUCCGAGCCUCCCUCCCCGAGCUGACCCAAGCCUGUCCCGUGCACCACGUACCCGGCCACCCCUGACUCCCGCGGGCCUGGCUCCUGGCCCUCGCCUUGGAAAGAGCCCCUGGCUGGCCUUCGGGCGUCAGUGCCUGGCCAGCGGGGGCCUUGCAGCCAGCCCACCUGGGGCUGCCCUGGCCUGGGGGCUGCGUGCGGCCCGGGGCCCAGAGCCCGCACGGGCCCGGGGGUGGGGUGGGGGGGACUAGCAGGGCGCAGGGCCCCGCCGCAGAGGUGAGAAGCCGGGUUCCUACCUGCUGGCCUUGGGGAGGUGGGGGACUCGAAGGGGCGUGGCCAGCUAGGAGCGAACGGGGAGGGAAAGAGGGAGCAGCACCCGCGGCGCCCCUCCGCCCCUCACCCGCUAGGCCCCCGGCGACGGCUGCAAAGGCGCAGGGGCCGCGGCUGAAGUGAAGCGCAGACGCCCCGGCCCGACCCUCGCCCGACCCUCAGCCGUCUCUGCACACUCGUCUCCCGCGCCCCCUUCCAGAGUCCGCUCCGGUCCUCGCCUGCCCCUAGGCCGAGUUAUUUCCAGAGAUGGGCGCUUACCACCCAGUAAACUAAGUCUCGAAAGAA